CAAAAAGAAAAAUCCACCAUAUAUACCCAACAAGACACACAUGUUUCCUUCCCUCUAACUCUUCUUCUUCCUUUCCUUUCCUUGUACGGUCACUUGACAUGUUCCAAACCAUGUCCGAUCCACCAAAUGAUUUUUUCCAAUUCUACCACCAAAGUUUCCCCAACCAAACCCCUCCCAACUACACCACUAUAGCUACCAACACCACCCCUGCUACUACUUUACCCCCGGAGACCAUAAACCCAACCUCACCAACCUCCGCCACAAAUUUAGGCCCUGACGGCCGUGUCUCAAAGCCCAUACGGCGAAGAUCACGAGCCUCAAGGCGAACUCCCACCACUUUACUAAACACAGACACUACCAAUUUCCGUGCCAUGGUGCAACAGUUCACCGGAGGCCCGAUUGCACCUUUUGCAGCAGCAGCAUCGUCGUCACCACCUAAUUUCUCAACUCUGGCCGGCCUUGGACUCGGCCCACGGGCUUCUUCCCACCCUAUGAAUCAAACUAUGAUGUCCCAUCCUCUCUACCAGCAUCAACAACAGCUUCAACAAUAUCAACAACACUACAACAUGUAUAGUGGCACUAGCAACGUUAAUACCCAUGUAGGAGGAGAUGAGAAUCUGUUUUUUCAGAGACUUGUAAGCAACCCAAGACCUCCAAACAAUGAUAGUGAUAUCAAUAAUGCUGAUAUUCAUGGAGGAGGAGGAGAAGGAGGUUUUUUCCCAAGCACUUCUUCUUGAGAAUCGAUUAUCUCCGGUAGGAAAAGAGAUAGUGAUUUUCUUUUCUUUGGUUUUCGUUGGUCGCAUGGGGUGGCGGAGGCAUGAAAGCGACGUAAAUUAAAGCAGACAAAUUAGGUUGCUAAUUUGGCCUAAAUUGUUGACCAACUAUUUUAUUUUAUUUCUACAAUAUUUAAUAUUUGUUUUUAAUAUUAUUAUUAAUAUUAUUGUUACUAUAGUCACUAUUAGUAUUACUAUUUCUUUUUUAACUUUUGUAAUAAUAACUUUUGGGAUUUUUUUUUGGUGGGCACUAGGCUAUGCUUCUUCUAGAUCUCUUUGCUUGGCGUUGCAAACACGUUUGUUUAUUUAUUUAUUAUUACUUUUUUUGGUGUUGUCAA